AUGGAAGACAAGUCCGCGGCAGAAUCACUCAUCUCUCGAUUCCAGAUUGAAAGACUGCUCAAUCAAGACCAGAGCGACCGUCGCAUUGCACUACUUGGCCAUAUCGAUGGUAAGCAGGGCAUUCUCAUCGCCGAACGUGCCGCAUUCGCAACAGAUUCACUUGAAGUACUACGAGCAUUUCACUCGAGCGACAAUGACAUUUACAAAUGGUAUAUGGCGAAUGCUUCAUCACCAGUAAACGGUGAUUACGGCAGCAGUCCACCGGACCUCAAACUGAACCUCAUUUGGCCCUGCACAGCACAACAUAUCAGAAAAUACUCCGCUCAACCUGUACGAAUGGUCACGGAAACACCGCAGAUCUACAGAGAGUAUAUUCGCCCAUACAUGCAGCAGAAGCGCGAGGAAGGGAGACUAAACUGGAUAUUCAACAUCCUCGAGGGCCGCACAGAGCAAGACGACGUCCUACUGCGAGACAAGGGUGACAGCCCUGAUGAAGAUGGAUUCUUGAUGCUACCAGACCUCAAUUGGGAUAGAAAGACAAUCAGUUCGUUGCAUUUGCUUGUCCUAGUCGAAAGACGGGAUAUAUGGUCACUGCGUGAUCUGAAACGGAGACAUAUCCCAUGGCUCAAAUAUUUACGGCAAAGACUCAUUGAUGCUACGGUCAAGACUUAUGAAGGUCGUAUCGAGGAAGAUCAGUUGAAGAUGUAUGUCCACUAUCAGCCGACCUACUACCAUUUCCAUGUCCAUGUUGUCAAUGUCAUGCUGGAAGCGGGUCAGACGCAAGCUGUCGGGAAAGCGUUCGGCUUGGAAAAUAUUAUUGGACAACUUGAGGCUAUAGCUGGAGAUGAUGAAGCUGGUAUGGCUGAUGUGAGUUUGUCUUAUUUCUUGGGGGAGGCGAGUGAGCUGUGGAGUACCGUCUAUGAGCCGCUGAAGAAAGGCGAAAAACUUUAA